AUGGGAAGAUUUGCUUAUCGAGGUGCUAGGCAAGAGCGACAACCUCGAUGGGAGCCAAGGGGUCGAGAUAACAUCGAUAGAAACAUCGGAAGCAUCAAAAUGAAGAUUCCUCCUUUUCAGGGGAAAAAUAACCCCGAUGUAUACCUUGAAUGGGAGAGGAAGGUUGAGCUCAUUUUUGAGUGUCAUAACUACUCCGAAGAAAAGAAAGUGAAAUUGGCAGCUAUGGAGUUUACUGACUACGCACUGGAAUACAAGGAUGUCUUUCCUGUGGACGUGCCUAAUGGUUUGCCACCAAUUAGAGGAAUUGAGCAUCAGAUUGAUUUCAUCCCCGGGGCUAUGAUUCUCAACUGUCCAGCCUAUAGGAGCAGCCCCGAGGAGACUAAGGAACUUCAGAGACAAGUUGAGGAGCUGCUUGCCAAGGGGCAUGUGAGGGAGAGCAUGAGUCCGUGUGCGACUAGAUGA